ACAGCCGGUGUAGCCAGAAAAACCCAAGAAGCAGGAGAUGAACACGCAGGCCCGGACCAAAGCUCGACUGGCUGCUUUGGCGGAGCAGAGGGCGGCCGAGGCCAAGAGAGCGCCAAAAAGGGAACAGUUGAACCUCCUAGCUCUGUGUCAGGAAAUUGCGGAGGACAUUGCCACAGACAGCAUGCUUCUGAAGAGAAUCGAGGAGGAAAAACAAGCGGCGGCCGCGGCAGAAGCAGCUAAGGCUGAGGCCAGCAAGAAGGAGAGUCCACCGGUCCCUACGCAGGCUUCAGAAACUGCUGUUAUUGCACCCCCUGCUGGACCAGAAGAACCCUCUGCUUCAGAGUCUCCUGCUCCACAGGUGCAGGAGGAAGUGGCUGAAGGCCAGCCAGUGACAGCUUCAAAUUCAAGCGACGCUCCGCCGGCUGCAGAGGCUCCAAAGAGGCGCUUCUUUAUCUCACAGAUUUCUGUGCCGCUGAAAGUCCACGAGAAAAAGAAGCUAACGAGGUAUCAGCGACUGAGACAGGUCGAGCUGCAGCGGGAAAAGAUGUCCUGGGCACGUGUGAAGAAACUCAAGUCGGAUCAAACAAACCAGAUGUUCUCGGAGAUGGACUGGCAGCCACCGUCCUUCCUCUCCUCUCAAUAUCCAGCAAGUUCAACGAUGACGACGACGAUGACGACGACGACGACAACGACGACGCCUUCCUCUCCAGCCAGCCCGUCCAGCAAGUCAUCUCUGAGUCCUGCCAUAACCAGCAAACCCGCUACACCCCCCAAGACUGAAGUUCCCGAAGAUGAGACUCCAAAAGUUGAAUCCACCAAAACUGUCCCUACAAAGUCGGAACCUAAAACGACAACAGCGAACGACGCAGCACCUCCAGAACCUGCACCCACUGAACCAGAACCGCCCAAAACAGAGACGCCUAAACCCGACACUCCUGUCACCGAGACACGUAGAAGUACGAGGCAGAGAAAGCCUCCCGAGUCCGCUCCGCCUGCUCCAGCCCCGGCACCGAAGGUGACCAGGUCAGGUGCCAAGCGGAGUCUCCCGGCUGUGCCUCCACCGAUGCCUAACGGACUAAACAAUCAAAAACCCAAGCUCACCAUCGACUACAAGCCGUACAGACCUCGGCCCAGGUACUCCGCCGAUGACUUCGAACUGGACGACGAUGACAUGUUACCUCCGAGAAGGCCCAACCCACAGUCACGGCCCGCGGCACCCGUACGGCCCGGCCUUCAGUCGCACCCCGCUGGUCAGUCUAAAGCCACAGUCCAGACAAAACCUGCCGCUUCAUCACAUCCUGCCACUCAGGCCAAACUCAGAGCUCCGCCCACUUCAGCCCGACCCGUCCCCGCUCAGUCGAAGCCCGGUGCUGCAGCUCAGCCAAAGCCCGCAGUUCCCACCACGCCUCAGUCCAAACCUGCUGCGGCUGCGACCACUGUCCAGUCAAAGUCCACAGCUACAGCGGCGUCCUCCAAACCUGGUCCUUCUGCCACGAAACCAACCGUCCAGACGGCAGCCAAGUCGAAUUCAGUUCCAGCUGCAUCUGGACCGACUGCAGCUCAAGGUUCUGCUCAGUUAAAGACGACUUCUACCGCGACAUCAUCUCAACCUGCUGAUUCAACCGCACCAGAGAAGAAACCUGAGGUCCAGGAAACUGACCCGGAGUCAGCGUCGCAGAAAACCUCAGCUCUGCCUUCAGGAGACAACAGCAACUGCAAGGAGUCAGCGAAUCAACUCUCCAAAACGUCCACCUCUGAAGAGAGCGUGAAACUGUCAGAUGUCAAAGAUCAGUGUGAGAGUAAACCUGAAGCGGCCGAUGUUCGUGUAUCUGCAGGGAACAAGUCCGAAACCCCCGAGACGGACGCAAAGACCUCGGAAAAGCCAUGUCAGGACAGACCAGUGAAACCACAGGACACGGGGACUCCUCUGUCCGAGGCCUCUUUACACAGAGAAGUGAAGAAGCUGAAGGAGGCAGACAAAGAUGGCACCCAGACCAUAAUAGACGCCGGGCAGAAGCAUUUCGGAGCGGUGGCCUGCAGCGUGUGUGGGAUGCUCUACUCCGCUGCCAACCCCGAGGAUGAAUCUCAGCAUUUGCUCUUCCACAACCAGUUCAUCAGCGCCAUCAAAUAUGUGGGCUGGAAAAAGGAAAGGAUUCUUAGUGAAUUUCCUGACGGCAAGAUCAUCCUGGUGCUGCCCGACGACCCGAAAUACGCUCUGAAGAAGGUGGAGGAGAUCAGAGAGAUGGUGGACAAUGACCUUGGCUUCCAGCAGGUGGAGUCCAAGUGUCCCUCUCAGACCAAGACCUUCUUGUUCAUCACAAAUGAUAAGAAAGUGGCUGGAUGUCUGAUAGCAGAACACAUCCAGGAGGGUUUCAGAGUGAUCGAAGAGCCAGGACCAGAGGGAACGGAGGGAGAGAAGGUGAUGUUUGAACGGCAGAGAGCCUGGUGUUGCUCCACCACACCGGAGCCGGCCAUCUGCGGCAUCAGCCGGAUCUGGGUGAUGAACACGAUGAGACGUCAGGGGAUCGCUUCACGUAUGCUGGACUGCCUCAGGAACAACUUCAUAUACGGUUCGUACCUGAGCAAAGACGAAAUCGCGUUCUCCGACCCGACCCCCGAUGGAAAACUCUUUGCCACGCAGUACUUUGGCACUUCCCAGUUUUUGGUUUAUAACUUUGUGAGUGGCAGACACUCGUCACCCGGACCUAAAACUGGCUCAGUAUGACAGUCUCCAGGAGAGGUAACGGUGGCUCCCAACUCACUCUCUGACUGAUUCACUCCUCAUACUGACACUUUUCUUUACGUGCAUUAUAACUUCAAUAAAGAGAAGGAAAUACACCACACUGUAAAGGAAUUCUUGGAGAAGCUCCACAUUGGUUCAAAUCUCAGGAUGAAAACAACGAGGCGUUGUUUGGAGAAAAUAAUAAUAAUAAUGUACGUAAUUUUACCCUUUAAUCCCUGCAUAGUAUUUUGAAGAGAAAGGAAAAAGUAUUUUCUUUAUACGUUUCUAAGCAAACAAUUGGUUUUUGUUCAGAUGCAGGAACGAUAGAACACAAAGAAAAACAUUUCACUUUAUUUUCCAUGACCAGACGACAUUAGAAACAAAACACAAUUGAUUCAUUUAAUGGUUAUUUUUAGAAUUUUUCUUUCUUUUUUUUUUGUUUUUUGGGAUGAUGUCGGAGCAGCACCGUGUACUUUUACCAACGCCCUCCUCCUAACAUUUCAAAUAUUUCGUCCAAACAGGUGAUUUCUUUUAUUAUUGUUGUUGUUUCUAACGACGGGACUCGUUCUGGCCGACUGAGAGAAGAGAGUUUCAGAGCAGGAGCUCGGGCAUUACCCAGAGUGCACUUCUUUCUUUCUUUUUUUUUUCUUUUUCUUUUUUUUUAUAAACAUCACGUUGCCUGACCUGUUUAGUUGUUAAAACCUGAGCCAUAUACUGUACAACAUCACGUGGGGCAUCGUAGCCUUUACUGUACGAAGUGACGUCCAGAGCCUGUGAGCGUGAGCCGGUCUGCUCGUCGCUCCUCUAAGAUCGCUGCACUCACCUACUGUCUGACGUAGAUCAUGGGAUUACGUCCCCCUUUUUUUCCUCCUUCCUUUAAAAAAAUCACGCUGCCUCUUUUACAGUUAAACUCAAACCUGGGGUUGAAAAAUAAAAAAAAAGGACAGGAAAAGUUGUCGCUCGCUCCGCGCUCUGUCUGGGCCCCGCCCACUGUCUGGGCCCCGCCCACUCUGCUCACACGCUCUGAUGACGUCGUCUUGAUUUGUUUGUGCCUCGGUGAAUAACGUGUGAUUAUUUUGACUUGUUUUUUGUUUUUUUUUUUGGUUUAGUUUUUUUGUUUUGUAUCCAUAAUUGCCUUUGGUGUUUUUCUUGCGUUAGAGUAGAUUCUCAUCCUCUUAUUCCUUAGUAACAACAAAUUAAAGUAUAUAUCAGUGUUUCAUGUAGAUUUAUGCAUACUAUAAUACAUUUUUAUAACUGAAGAUGAUGAUGAUGAUGGGAGUUUUUAAAACGGUAAUCCAUGUCACCCAGGUUGUGAGUACUAACGGGAGUAUUGGCUCAGCUGAUGAACCUCCGCCGCUCCACACACACACACACACACACAUACACACACACACGGAUCAUUGUAAUCCACCUUUAUUUUCCUCUACUGUGUACAAGCCGUUGCUUUUAGACAAAUGUGUCCUGUAAGAAAAAAAAAAAGACAUUUGAUUUAUACCGAGCUGUUAUGUAAAUAUUUAUUUAAAUAAUAAACUCUUUAAAAUGUU